AACAGCAUGAAUUACCUCCCUCUCUCUAGAUCCGUAAUCAUAUUGUCUGUCACCAUCCUCAGCAUUACAAAUCUGGAGUUGGCUUAUGGAGACACCAUGUUCAACCAGACUCAAAACAGCACAGAGUUCAUCAGGGCUUCUUGCAAUGUCACCCUCUACCCCAGCCUCUGCUUCAAAUCCCUGGAACAUUUUGCUAACAUGAUAGAUAGCAGCUCAAUGAACCUAGCCCAUGCUGCUCUAGCUGUGAGCCUAGUCCAUCUUGACCAGGCACUGGUCAUAAUAUCCAGGAUGCGGUUCAUGGCUAUGAGCGCAGGAGAAGCAGGGGCCCUUAGAGACUGUAUAGAUAAUCUCGCGGAUUCGGUUGAUGAGAUGCAGAGGUCCAUGCGAGAAUUCAGGCACCUAGGCAGCGGGGCCGGCAACCUGAGGUUUCAGAUCAGCAACAUACAGACUUGGGUGAGCGCGGCUCUCACUGACGAGGACACGUGCUUCGAUGACUUCGGCGGCGUCGAUGGGAGCAUCACGUUUACUGUGAGGAGGAUGAUGAGGAAGAUUGAAAGGCUGACCAGCAAUUCCUUGGCACUCUUCAACAAAUUUGCAGAUGAUGUGAUUCAAGGAUUGAUCCAUUAGAUAGAAGAGAUGAUAUGCAUGCUUCCCAGUUUGUGAGUGUGAGUGCUUUGUGUUCUUACCCUGUUGUUGAACUGCGGAGUAGAUCCUUGUGAGUUGUGAAGUUUUUUCUAGAGAAAAACUUAGGAAGUUUUUUGCAGUUGACUGGCAAGGAGAUCAGGUUUUCAAUGGAGGCCUAUCAGAUUAUGCCAUAUAAAGAUGAAACCCUGGCAUUGAA